ACCCUUCGGCCUCCUGAUACAGACUCACCAGGGACACUACAGUGAGCUCUAGGCCUUCGACUGGACCCUUCGGAUCUCCAGUGUGCAGACAUCUCUUUUGCACUCUUACACACCUGACUCCACAGGUGGCCAUGAAAUUGGCCUCAAAUUAGAGUGCUCUGAAGAGCAGCCACCUUUUGGAUCAACCACUGCAUUAUGACCCAAGACAAAGAACCUGUUAUUGGAACCGUUUAUUUAGUUUGCAUCCUGACCUUAAUAGUUGGAACCAUAACCCACAUCUGUGAAGAAAGUGAAUUUGAAGUGUGCAUGUCAAAAAAUAACCUUACUCGAAUUCCAAAAAACCUGCUGCCCACAACCAAAAGCUUAGAUAUAUCUCAAAACUACAUAUCUGAGCUUCAGAUCUCUGACAUCAGCUUUUUGUCAGGGCUGAAAGUUCUGAAAGUUUCCCAUAAUAGAAUCCAGAGACUGGAUUUGAGUGUUUUCAAGUUCAAUCAGGAUUUAGAGCAUUUGGAUUUAUCUCAUAAUCAGCUGCAAAAGAUGUCCUGCUACCCUGUGGUGAGUCUGAAGCAUCUAGACCUCUCAUUCAAUGACUUUGAUGUGCUGCCCAUAUGUAUGGAAUUUGGCAACUUGACACAACUUAAUUUCCUAGGAUUAAGUGCUGCGAGGUUUCAACAAAUAGAUCUGCUACCGGUUGCUCACUUGCAUCUAAAUUACAUUCUUCUGGUUUUGGGAGAUUAUUAUAAGGAAAAUGUAAGAGAAAAGCUUCAAAUUCUGAAUACAAAAACACUUCACUUUGUUUUUCACCCAAAAAGUUUAUUCUCUGUUCAGGUGAACAUAUCAGUUAAUACUUUGGGGUGUUUACAACUGACUAAUAUUAAAUUGAAUGAUGAGAACUGUCAAGUUUUUGUUAAAUUUUUAUUAGGACUCAUUAGAGGUCCAAUGUUACUGAAUCUUACUCUCAAUCAUAUAGAAGCCCCUUGGAAAUGCUUGGUUGAAAUUUUUCAAUUCCUUUGGCCCAGACCCGUGGAAUGCCUCAAUAUUUACAAUUUAACAUUAGAUGAAGUUGUUGAUGAUAUACAAGUCACUUAUCCAGAAACAACAUUGAAAGCCUUGAAAAUAGAGCAUAUUACAAAGCGAGUUUUUAUUUUUUCACAGACUGUAUUAUACAAAGUGUUUUCUGAGAUGAAUAUUAUGAUGUUAACCAUAUCAGAGACACCUUUUAUUCACAUGCUUUGUCCUAGAACAUCCAGCACAUUUAAGUUUUUGAACUUCACUCAAAAUGUGUUCACAGAUAGUGUUUUUGACACAUGUUCCACUUUGGUGAGACUGGAGACACUUAUUUUGCAAAAGAAUAGUUUAAAAGACCUUUUUAAAGUAAGCCUUAUGACUGAAAAUAUGCUAUCUUUAGAAACACUGGAUGUUAGCUGGAAUUCUCUGGAAUCUCAUAGAUAUGAAGAAAAUUGCACUUGGGCUAAGAGUAUAGUGGUAUUAAAUUUGUCUUCAAAUUCACUUACUGAUUCUGUAUUCAGAUGUUUGCCUCCCAAGGUCAAGGUACUUGAUCUUCACAACAAUAGAAUAACCAGCAUCCCUAAGAAUGUCACCCAUCUAGAAGCUUUGCAAGAACUCAACAUUGCUUUCAAUUCUUUAACCGACCUUCCUGGAUGUGGUACCUUUAGCAGCCUUUCUGCACUGAUCAUUGACCAUAAUUCAGUUUCCCACCCAUCAGCUGAUUUCUUCCAGAGCUGCCAGAAGAUUAGGUCAAUGAAAGCAGGGAACAACCCAUUCCAAUGCACAUGUGAGUUAAGAGAGUUCAUCAAAAAUAUAGAUCAAGUGUCAAGUAAAGUAGCAUGGGACUGGCCUGAUUCUUUCAAGUGUGACUAUCCAGAAAGCUCUAAGGGAAUCCUGCUAAAGGACUUCCAUGUGUCUCCACUAUCCUGCAGCCCCACUCUGCUUAUUCUUACCAUUGUGACCACCAUGCUGGUGUUGGCUGCUACUGUGACCUUCCUCUGCUGCUACUUCGAUUUGCCCUGGUAUCUCAGGAUGAUGUGUCAGUGGACCCAGACCCGGCACAGGGCUAGGAACAUCCACUUGGAGGAACUCCAAGGAACUCUCCAAUUUCAUGCUUUUAUCUCAUACAGUGAACCUGAUUCUGCCUGGGUAAAAAAUGAAUUACUACCAAACCUAGAAAAAGAAAAUUUACAGAUCUGCCUCCAUGAGAGGAACUUUGUUCCUGGCAAGAGCAUUUUGGAAAAUAUCAUAAAUUGCAUUGAGAAGAGUUACAAGUCCAUCUUUGUUUUGUCUCCCAACUUUAUCCAGAGUGAGUGGUGCCAUUAUGAACUCUACUUUGCCCACCACCAGCUCUUCCAUAAAGGGUCUAACAACUUAAUCCUGAUCUUACUGGAACCCAUUCCUCAGAACAACAUUCCCAGCAAGUAUCACAGGCUGAGGGCUCUCAUGGCACAGCGGACUUACCUGGAAUGGCCCACAGAGAAGAGCAAACAUGCACUUUUUUGGGCUAACAUUAGAGCUGCUUUUAAUAUUAAAUUAACACUAGCCACUGACAACAAUGAUGUGAAAACUUUAAAAAGCCAGGAAAUUCAACUUAAGAGACUCAGACUCUGAUGAACUUGAUGGUUUUAAGUUACAACUGGAGGUGCUUCCAUUCUUUCCAUGUAUUUGGAAAAGACUUAAUGAACACGUUGUUCCAACUGAGCUGGGGAAUUGGGCUGGGAGUGAAGGUGGUGCUCCUUUUGCAGUUUAGCUAUGGCUCAGUCUCUUCUGGUUUAAUUAUCUGUUUUCACACUGAAACAGCCCUUUCUGAGUAACUGUGCAGUCAUCUGGGGAGAUUUCCCCUCCCCUUUCCUUUCCUAGAUGGAUUCUGUGUGACCAGGAGACUAUGUAGCUUCAGGUCAUCAAGAAAAGAAUCAAGCUCUGAAUUGUGCACAUGGGUCCUUGGAGUGUGGAUGGAUUCUCAUUGGACCCUGGAUGAGCUUUAUCAUCCUGUUCAGCUUUGGGCCUUGAGAAAAACUUAUUCCAGUGUGAAUAUAAGAAAGCAUGUUUUUCCAUAUCUGAACAAUAGUUUAAAAUUUUUUGAUUCUCAUACAAAGAUAUGUGAUAACCAGUAGAGACUCACAGCAUAAAAAUGUAUAUAUAUAAAGAGAAACAAAAGAUGCAGGUGAACUUACUUGCCAAGGAAAUAUAGGGCCAAAUUUACUCGUAUGUGUAACGGGAUGUUGAAUGGGGUUUGUCUGGUUGUCUUAGAAUUCUGACUCAUGCCCCAGGGCUGGCCUGGAUACUUCUACCUUGUUUAAACAACUAUAUUUUGGAUUCCUCUGAUAGAGCAUCUUGAUCUGCACCCUCAAGAACACAGACAUCUGUGACACAAAGUAGUGGACAGUUCUCCUGUUAUGACAGGACCGUGUGUGUUCCACUCUGCGACCUGGUGCAGAGCAGCCGCCAUCCCAAGGCACUGCUGCCUCUCACCUGUACAACUGCAAAAUGGCCUCUUCACUGUCCUCCUUGCUGCACUCUUGCCACACACAUUUUCCGAACAGCAAUCAGAGUAAUUUAAGGUGUAAAUUCUACUAAGUUGUUCCCUGCGUAAAACCUCCUACCCACCUACCUUCCUCCUUCUGUCUCUCCUCUUGUCCGAGUUGCCUUUUGGUGUUCUGAAUGCCUCACCAUUGGCUUACGCCGGUCUCACCCCUGCACUUGGCUGAGGCACUUUCCUCUGAGUCAGCUUGGCUAUCCUCACCAUUACGUCACACUCCAAUACCACCUCAGCAGAGGGCCUCCCGUGGUCUUCUGGUCACAUCCUGCAUGUUUCUCUCGAUGUUACCUUCCUGGCACGUCACUCCCUGCACUUACCUUGCUUACUUGUGUUCAGCUUCCCUGCACUAACUGUAAGUGGCAGGAAAACAGGAACCUACUAGAGAGUUCACUGCUUCUCCCUGGUGCUGAGGGGCCAGUGCGUGGCCCAUGGCAGAUCCGGAGUGAACACCUGCAUGAAGAAAUAGCCCUAAUCGGCCUCAAUGUCAUCACAGUCCUCGAUUUUAUCCUACAUGACCUUGAGGUCACAGUGCAGCUGGGCUGUGGUGGGAGGGCUCUGGCAGGGUCCACACUGAGCACCUGUUGGGCCGGGGGUCCCUGCCCCACUGCCCUGUGAGCUGCCCUUGGCCUUGAGCACCUGGGGCCUGUUGUGUUUGAGUGCAGCAGCUGCUCUGCUGAGGGCUCUGUGCUCCUCUCCCCAGGCCACUUCAGGAGGCCAGAAGACCCAGCUUUCACCUUUCACCGGAAGCUGAGAGAGAGGAGCGCAGCCUUGCAGAAGCUGGAUGAGCACUUCUCAUUGCCCACCUGGCGCUCUCCCUGGCCUGGGUGGACAGAGCCCUUUUGUUUUUUGUUUUUGUUUUUUUUUUGGUACCGGGGAUGGAACCUUUUAUUUCGAAGGCUGUAAAAAAGUACACGUAUUUAAUCAGUAUAGAUGCUGUAUUUAUGUAUUGAAAUAUCACACUGUACCUCAUAAAUACGUACAACUUUUACAUGUUAAUCAAAAAAAUUUUUUAAUGUAAAUCUAAGGAGGGGAGGGAAGGAGAUGGAAAAAAGAAUUGAGAUGGGUUACACGCAUGUACCAACUCUCCAGGAUUCAUUAUGUACACAAACAUGUAUGAAGAAAUUUAUGAGAAAUAAAAAACAAAAAUAAACACGUAUAUCUCAAAAUAGCUCAAAUAGAUUUUAACUGUUCUUACCACAAAGAAAUGGUAAGUAUGUGAGAUAAUGACUGUGUUAAUUAGCCUGAUUUAAUUACUCCACAAGAUUGUAUACAAUAACAUCAUGUUAUACCCCAUAAAUAUGUACAUUUAUUAUC